AUGGUUUUGCAAAUCCUGCCGGUGGCUGGCCACCCCGACCACGAUCAUGUUCGGGGUGGUGUCUGCCAACUAUGCGGCAGCCUGGAUUUAUCGCAGUUUCUCUCCGACGCUGACGAGGACUCGAUGGAAGAUGAGGAGGACGAGAGCUACUUUCAGCUUAGUCGGCGGAGUUUAUUGGAGUUUGAGCAGAGCGGCAGGGAGAGGUGUGCUAUUUGCUCCGUGCUGAAGGAGAUUUGCCUUUUCUUCACUUCGAAUGAGGAUGAGGAUGCCGACUUGGAUGGCAAGUGGUUGCGAGUGCGUCUUUCGACCAGAUCAGGCAUUCCAGAACUGGUCAUUGAAGAAGGUGGUCUCGUCAAGACGGUACAGCUUUAUACCCCGUCAGGGUUUGAGCCUUGCUGGAACGUAGUACCAGUCCUUCGCGAACUCUUCAGUGAUCGCGACUCAUCUGAUGCUCUUGGUUUUAUCAAGUCACGUCUUCAGUCAUGCCUGAAUAGUCACAUUUUGUGCAGAUCACGUGGCUCGACACUGCCCACUCGAGUGCUCGAUGUCGGAACAUCAGGGGAUAGCAGGAUAAAUCUGAUAAGUACCGAGGGGAAGCCCUUUGAACCUUAUAUUGCGUUGACUUAUUGUUGGGGCAAAGAUGGUGCCAUAGUCAAGACUACACGAGAAAAUGUACGAUCUUUUGAGUCUGGCCUCGCAAUUUCGGACCUGCCACUGGUUUUCCGGGAAUGUAUCAUGCUAUCGCGGAGACUAGGGACACGCUUUGUAUGGAUCGAUGCUUUGUGUAUCAUUCAAGAUGAUCGGGAGGACUGGGAAAGGGAGUCUUCAAAGAUGUCCCUAACCUACGCGCAAGCGUUUCUAACCAUUGCCGCUGCCAUGUCCGCGUCCACAUCAGAGAGCUUCCUGAGCAAACCCCAAAGGAGAGACAACAACCCCGCGGCUCUGCAGAGUAGUUUAUUUGUGAAGCGCAUGACUUUGAAUGGGCAAGUCACCGAACUCAGAGCCCGGGUGAUUCCGGAAGUGGGAAUCCAUUCGAAAUGGACACACUGGUACUAUGAACGACAACUUUACCCCCGCGACCCGUGGUCGCAGCGGGGAUGGACUCUCCAAGAACAGCUUUUAUCACCCAGGCUGUUGAUGCUAACAUCCUCUGAAAUUCAGUGGUCUUGCCAGGAGCGGCAAUCUUGCGAGUGUACGUCACCCUUGAAUCAUCGGCGUUUGUUUGGAGGCAAGUCGCUCUCAGGCAUAGAGAAUGCAUCUGAUGCGUUUUUAUUUUGGCACAAGGUGGUUGAAGACUAUUCCAUUCGGACAUUGAGUCACAGCGUGGACCGACUGCCGGCGAUAUCAGGUGUCGCGCAAGUCAUACAGGAGCGGACCGGAUCCAAGUAUGUUGCCGGCUUGUGGAGCGAAAACAUCGCGGAAGACCUGCUCUGGGAAAGGGUCGGGGAAAUCGGAGCUCAGCCCGGAUACCUCGCGCCCUCAUAUUCCUGGGCGUCUGUCGUCGGUGAGAUUGACUAUCGAUGCUACAUGAACGGCGCACACCCAUACAGGGAGAUUUCCCAAGUUUUAUCGUGGACGACGGACGUUCAAGGCCAUAAUCAACUUGGCACCGUCCGAAGUGGGGAGAUGACUAUCCGUGGUCCAUUAACGCCCGUGACAUUGGUCGGAGAUGGACACAACGGCUUUUAUUCCGUCCGCAUUGCACACAGGCGCACGUACUAUCCAUUCCCAGCAGACACUCUGCUUGCAACUUUCAAAGCUCCUUCUGAAGAGGAGAUGCGAGAGGUAGUGGUAGCCUGCAGACGCCGCACGCAACUGUCCAGCUCCGCACCGGCGUCGAGUAACGCAAUGGUAACGAAUCACGACGACGACGAUAAUGCUGGUAGUGACUACAACUCCUCACAUCGAACUCCUAUCGAGGAUGGGGCACGAGGCUGGCUGCUGAGGCUUGGGUUCUAUCAAAUGCGCAACUCGCCAUCCGAGCAUUCGAACGAGUUUCUCGUGUUGGGCAAGAGCCCCAGUGCUGCAGAUAAAUUCGAGAGGUGUGUUUUUCCUUUCUCGCCAUGUCUACGAGCAUUCAUGCCAUGGAUCACAUUUCUCUUUGGCGACUCGCCCAACCCCUUUCGAGUUGAUACUGCCGUCGCGACUGAUGGCAUAUCGAGGUAUGUAUCAGACAAGCUGACUUCCAGUUGA